GAAAAAAACGCAGGUGCACCUGAGAAACACGAGAUGCUUUGCACAUAAGACCACCAACAGGACACACAGCAGGUAUCAGUAAUGGCAGCAGAGGCUUUGCAGGAUCUUCGACAGCAGUGCCUCAGCCGAGGGGCCGCGGGAAUCAAGGGUCUUGGAAGGAUGUUUCGCAUUAUGGACGACGACGGCAGUAAAUCUCUGGACUUCCAGGAGUUUGCUAAAGGUCUGCAGGAUUACGGCGUGUCUGUGGGGAGAGAUCAAGCGCAGCAGAUUUUCGCCAUGAUGGACAAGGAUGGAAGCGGCAGCAUCAACUUCGAUGAGUUUCUGGAGAAAUUAAGACCACCCAUGUCGAGCGCACGGAUGCAGGUCAUCAGACAGGCUUUCCAGAAGUUUGAUAAGAGCGGAGACGGCGUCGUGACCGUGGAGGAUCUGCAGGGUGUUUACAACAGCAAACAUCACCCCAAAUACAAGAGCGGCGAGUGGACAGAAACACAAGUCUUCCACUCUUUCCUCGACAGCUUUGACUCUCCUCAUGACAAAGAUGGAAAGGUGACUCUGGAGGAGUUUGUGAAUUACUACAGCGGCGUCAGCGCUUCUGUCGACAGUGACGACUAUUUCCUCUCCAUGAUGAAGAGCGCGUGGAAGCUGUAGGCUUUUCAUUAGUCUUUAGAAAUCUGACUGAAACGCUGCAAUAUUUACAUGUAGAAAUCAUGUCUCA